CGUUCUGUUUCCUGUUUUAUGAUUGUUGAUCAAGUUUGUCGUCUUCUGCCAACUUCCUUCGACCACCUUGGCAAAAUAAGAGCAGACUGUCCACAAAGAAUGACUUUAUAAUUGUUAAUUGUGGUAUAUACAAGGUAGAACUAGGAGGCAUCAUUAGUGACAUCUCCUUGUUGCUUCUCACUAUCAAGACCAACAUUUGGCAAGGCGACAACCAUUGAGAACACUCGACAUUUCACCAACGAGMUUUUGAAAGCAAUCGUUUGAGGAUGUGUUAACUAGGAGUGUUCUUUUAGUUUAUCUUCAUAUUAAAUAUUUAUAUAUAUUGGAAGCUAGAAGACUUGAAAAUCAUUUUUCUUUCUGAUUGGGAUCUAUCGGAGAUUGAUCUCGCCAAGCUGAGUGCUGGAUAAUGAAGGAUCCUAACGAACUGCCACUGAAGAUCAUUGUUUUUGGAGAACCAGGAGUCGGCAAGUCAGCUCUAACACAACAGUACUCAAAGAAGACGUUUCCAGAAGAAUACGAGCCCACGAUAGAAGACACAUAUGACACCAUUGUUGAACUAGAUGGACGACGUGUAGACCUGUCAGUAGUGGAUACCGCUGGCCAUGGAGUGUUCAGUCAAAUGCGAGACAGCUACAUCAAGUCAGGGGAUGGUUUUCUGCUUGUGUAUUCUGUGACAGACAAAUGGAGUUUGCAGGCCAUUUCUGCCAUGAGAGAUCAUAUAUUAAGAGUGAAGGGCGAGAAAGGCAAGAUCAGCACCAAUACACCUAUUGUAAUUGUUGGAAACAAGUGCGACUUAGAUGAUGAYCGUGURCUUACUUAUCAAGAGGGUGAACGAGUAGCCAGRAAAUUUUCUUGCUCCUUUUUUGAAACCUCUGCCAAGGAUGACAUUGGUGUUGACGACGUGUUUGUGGAGCUGACAAGAAAAAUCAAACGCAGCAAAUUGUCAACAUUAGGAAAACACUUUUCAAGGAACUCAAGGAUGCGUUUCUCUAUGAGAAGUUUGUCAAUUAAUGAGAGAAAGUGCAAAGAAAAACUACAAGCUUUUAAAGGAACAGAAGAUUCUACAGGAUCUUGGAGAAGAAAGUCCUUUAGACGGUUUAUAUGUGGUACAAGAACAUUAACAACUAGCUGAUUAUACUGUAGAAAAWAUUCCUAGUCAAUGUUCACAAUGAAGGGUUUUCAAAGUGCASAGUUUUCAGGCCCUUAUCUCUUCAUUUGGUGGCCUCCCUGGGAAUAAGGUUGUUAAAUAGUUAUAUAAGUGGAUCGAGAACAAUCGGAGCACUAUAAAAACCUAUAUUAGUGUAAAAWACAGUUUAUAGUAGACUUGUAAUAGGUUACUUGCACUUAUAUAUUUUUGCAAACCGUUUACAAAUCAGAGGAACAUAUUGGAUAGAUUGUACAUUUCUAUGGUUUCUAUUAGAAUCUACAUUCACUAAGAAUAUAAAAAUAAUUAAGUAUAUCAUGAUAUAAUAAAGAUGUAGUUAAAUAAUGGUUUAAUUUGUAAUGUAAAUAACUUAUGUAAAGUUUAAUAGUAAAAAAAAACUAAGUUUUAUCAUUC